AUGGAACUGGCUGAGCUCUUGAAGUCCGAAGGCCUCUCUGACGAGCUUGCCGAUCUGGCAGUGGCAAGUGGGUGGAAGUCAUCCACUUUCAAGCAUGCUGUCAGCAAAUUGGCGGAUUUAGAUUCUGUGUUGGGCGAAAUCUUUCCGGAGAAAGCUCUGACAGUUCUUCAGAAGGCCACUAUUCGCUCGGUUUGGAGUAAUCUGCAGGAGUCAGAACCCUCGGGUUCUACAGCCUCUGCAUCGCCUCCUGUGCCAGAGCCUCGGGAAGGAUCAUGGGUGGAAUCUUUUGCCCCAAAGAUAUCAGCAUCUUCAAUUUCUGAAAUGAAACGGAAGUAUCUGGUAAACUACCCGUCGGAGAUCAUCAACUACUCCACUCAGCCGUCAACCAGAUUGCUGAGCUUAGCAUCGCACCAGCAGAACAAGAAGGAUUGGCGAUGGAUCCCCUGGAAAUAUCGAAUGACGGAAGAGCGAGCUUCUGAGAUAAUGAUGUCCCGGCCCAACAAGCAACCUCGGCUUGAGGCUAUCGGGCUCUCGGGGAUGUUAUUGGACGAACCUCCGGCUCUGGAAAUCCAAGAUCAUUCCAUGGGGGUGAAUGCUAUUCAGAAGCUUAUGAAUGUGCAUGACGUGGCAUUGGCAAUGGUGGGAACCGCCCAUCUCGCCAGGCUGAAAGGAUAUACAACAAAAUUCAUUUCUCUUCUGACUCAGAAAUUCGAUGCUUCAUCAGGACUUCGGCCACCAUCAGUCUUAGAAGCACAACAGGCGGAUUGCCGCUUGUGGCAGGGCAUGAUCACCCUGGUCACCGACAAAGGAUGGACGAUGGAUGAUGUCCUCUACGAGUUCACAGAGGUGCGGGGCGAGAUGGCCAGCCUGCUUCAAGCUCGAGCGCGUCCUCCUCCCGUCCCCAAAGGCUGGGAAGGAAAGGGCAAAGCUGUCAAGGGCUUGGGUAAGAUGCUCGUGGAGUCCUAUGCCAAAGGCUACGCAUCGCAGGCGUCUGUCAAAGGCAAAGGGAAGGACAAAGGCAAGAACAAGGAGGCUAAAGGCGGCUCCAAUAUCAAUUUUGUGAAGUCGAUCAUGGUGGGGUCUGAGUCCAAGCCAUUGUGCGUGAAUUGGCAAUUGAGCCGUUGCAAUCGUGGAAACGCGUGCCCAUUCGUGCACGCGUGUGCCUUCCCGAAAUCCAAUGGGCAAGCUUGUGGAAGCAAGGCGCAUACGGCGCUGCAGCACGAGAGUACUCCCCACUGA